AUGUCACAACUACCCAAGCUGGCCCCCAGGCCAUCUGGAGAGGUGCCACUAAACGCAGGUAAACUCAACCCCAAAGAGCACACGGAGCGAGAAUGGGAAGUCCAGCGGGGGCUCAUUGAGCAUCUCUACAUCAGUGAAAACCGAAGGCUGGUUGAUACUAUGGCCAUCAUGACGUCCAAACAUGGGUUUGCUGCAACAGAACAAAUGUAUAAAAAGCGGUUGAAGAAGUGGAACUUGCGCAAAAGAGCGUACCGCACGGCUUCAGAAAGUGCUGUGGCCUCCACCGCGGCAUCAGCGUCAGACAAUGCCGGCUCGAGCAAAUCGGGUGCCGAGGUGCUACGUCAAACGCCAGAUCGCAUGCCGCAGCCAGCUUGCACGACCAUGGCACGCACCACCAGGCUUGGCCCUUUUGCAGGUCUUGAGUUGGUCCUCGACAGUGUCCGUUCUUGGAGCCUAUGUAAACUGGAAUCCAGAGGUGAUGCACUGGAUCCCAUGGUGCGGUAUCUCGCGAAUCCGACCCAGCCACCCAUUCAGGAUAGCCGGACAAUGUACCGCACUUUUGAGCUGGUAUUUGACCUGUGGCAUCACGGAAAGGGCCAGCUGGCCGGCAUGGCGGCGAGGAGGGCCUUCUAUAGUCUUGAGUUUGUCCUCACGGCAGAUCAUCCAGACCUUGUAUGGCAUAUACUGGAUACGGUUUACGACAUGGUAGACAGGGGCCAUAUUCAACUUCUGGGCAUGUUUCUCACUCAUGCAAGAGAGCUUUCAACAAGACGUCUUCCACAGGAGCACCCUCUUGUGAAAAUCCUCCAGCAGCUCACAAAGUGCGACUAUCAGACCCAGUUGGGAAGGGAGCAGGUAUGCCAUCUCUUGCGGUCAGCCUGGCUACAAAAUGUGGACAUUCUCAGCGACCAUAUCGGCUCCCUGGCGCCAACACAUCUCUGGCUCUACGAGCAACUGAUAUGGGAUGGCAGAACAAGUCUACGCAGGGAUUGUGAACUGGCAAAGAAAAGAGAGACAAUGGUGGCUGCGUUGACAGGCCUAUACCAACUUGCCGACAUGGAUCCUCGAGUGUCCAAGUUGGAUAGAUUGCGAAUCAUGGCCCUCAUGUUGGAGUACACUCAGAUGGAUCUCGGCGAUAGACACAAAGCAGAAGAACUGGCGAUAGAUUUGCUAAACCAAACAUCAUUUGACAAAGAAGCAAGCCGGUCCGAUGCCAGGUUCCAUGCAUAUGCCCGCAAGAUGCUGGCCAGGCUGCAGGAACAUGAGCGAGAUUGGGCCCGGGCGGAAGAGAAUCUCAGAUAUGCAGUCGAGAAGAGAGAGGCUGCCCACGGAACGGGCUCCGACUUGCGGGUCAUACGAGACAUGUGGGUGUUUGCCGGGCACUACCAGAGGACGGGAAGAGGUGGCGCUGCGAGCCAGAUUGUGAAUGACGCGAUAUCAAGAGCAGAACAGUAUCUCGGUCAAGGGGAAGUCGAGUGUACUUGA